GAUUCAAACUUAUCAUGGAUUCAUAUGCUACGAAUGCUGGUGCAGUUGCUAUGCACGGGGCCAACAGGGUCUCAACGAGAUCGACAAGGAAAUCGAAGAGCAAAGUGCCUACACCAAGAAAGUUAAUUGAAAGCUUAACCUCUCGAAUACCUAGCAAGAAGCUAGGCGAUGGUGUGCUCGAAGCGCAUAAAGAAUUUGUCAGGGAGUCUCCAACCUUCUUCGCCUAUUGGAAAGAAGAGAAUCUACCGAAAAAUGCGAAACAGGAUGUAGUGCUUCUUUACGACUACAACCGAGUUGUGCUCACCGGUGAUUCUGACUACUAUCAUGCUUCCUAUGUUGACGGAUGCUUUCGAACCCGCCAGUAUAUCAUGGCACAAGCACCAUUCAGUAAGGAUACGCGAGCCGAUUUCUUCCGCAUGCUAGCCCAAGUGCAUCCUGCUGCAAUAGUGUUUAUGGAAGCACAUAAUAGUGAAGAUGCCAAGUACAUCUUCCCAUCAAAAGGCAAAUACGGUGGCGUGAGCGUUUCAGUGGAAGAUGACGAAAAGUGUGAGGAAUACAGCGUGCGCCAAAUCAAAGUGGAUAAAACCAAGAUAAAAGUUUACUGCAUAAAUGGCUGGGAAGACGAAUAUGUGCCGCCAAAAGAUUUUACCGGUAUUCAUGACAAGAUUCGAAACUCAAUUGACCUUGACGACAAAUCGCUGCUGAUGUUGGUGUGCAAAGAUGGAUGCACAAGAUGCGGUCUGUAUGUUUUUCUGGAUAUAGAAACGGACCGUUUUCAGAAGAAAGGAAGGAUGAAACUUGGCGAAACUAUCAAGAUUUUGAGGUAUCAAAGAAGUAACUGCUUUGACAAGCAGGAAUUGUUCGAAGCAGCCGCCACAGUACUCACAGAUCUGGCAAAGAAGGCUUUGGAAAACGAAACCAGCAGAGAUAGCAAAGAGAGCAAAGAAAGCAAAGAGAGCAAAGAGAGCAAAUAA